CGUGUGAUGAUGGUGUGCAAAGUCCGUAGCAAAUGCAUAAGUUUUCCGUUCUGAUAGUGACAGUGCUGGAGUGUGUGAGCUUGUGUGUACUUAUGAUUAACAUAAGGAAAAUCUAACUGCUUAGAAGGUGGAAAAUAUUUAUCUGUGGUUGCACAUCGUAGCAAAACGUUUUACGAUAAACAGCACAGAAAGGUGUAUCUUCUACUGCGCAACAAGCAAAACGAUAAAAGCUCAUCCAUAAAAGCGAAAGAUGCUCCGAAUAAGUGAAAAAUAGUGAAAGGAAGCAAGCAUCUAGCGCGCCGUUUUUUGGAUGGAUUUUUUUAUUCGUACAAACGACUUAAACAAGAAGGUAACGUGUUGUGCUGUUUUGCAAGGGAAAUAUCUUUUGGAUGCAAAAUGCUUACUACAAGUGUGCUGUUUAAGAUGCUGCUGCUGACCUCGAUUCUGUCGCAAGUGGUUCACUGUCAGCGGUUGGGGCGUAGUCGCCGCGAAACUUCCAAACCAUUGUCCACGGAUGUGCGGGUACCGGCGAGCAUUGAGACGCAUGAAGAUGUCAAGCCGGUCGGUGGCAGUGCGGACGAGUUGUUGCGUCCGGCAGCUUCGACAAGGACGCAGCGCAGCUACUAUGGUGGAGGUUCGAGCGAACGAUUGUUCGACCUGGGGCUGCUGAGCCGGCCCGGAUACUAUUCGGGCAAUCGGGGAUAUUACCCAUCCGGAGGCUACUACCCGCAGGGUGGCUACUAUCCACAAGGAGGUUAUCUACCGCAGGGAGGCUACUAUCCGUCGGGCGGGUAUGGCGGCGCUGGUUACUACCCCGGAACGAACACGCUCGGUGUCGGAUCGACAACGUACGGCGGGGGCGUCUACGGCGGAUACGGAGGUUACGGCGGGUUCGGAGGUAAUGGGGGACUGCAAUCGUACUAUGGCUACAACAACGACAACUACUACGGUAACCGCAACCUGGGCUACGGCUACUACACCGGUACCUCACCGUCUGGCUACGUAGGCUCAACCCUCGUCAGCGGUUUCCGUGGCUACAACUGACAGUUGACUUCGACCCCGUGAGCGUGUCCCGCAUUGACUCGUUUGACUUGUGCUCGUGCUUUGUUUUUCGUGAUGCGGUGUGUGUUGUGAAUGUCCAAAAAUGGCGUGUGCAUGUGUGUGCGUGAGCUUUGUGGAUGGGGCGGAAACUGCACUACCCGUGCGCUGCUUGAAACCAAAAACGAAAACGAAACGAAUCAAAAAUGAUGGAAUCUCCAAACAAUCCUGUUGCGUCAGGUAUAUCUCUAUAGCGUAGAUAAAAUGUUCCGCCCUGGUCUGGUGGCGCUGAUAGCUAUUUAUACUUUUAACACCUUCAUACCCUUGCCAUACGCAAGAACGGUACCUCGCUCCCAUAGGGUCGUAGCCCAGCUUUUGGGGCGGGGAGUUGUAUUUGCUCGAGUAAAUAAA